CUAGCGGCCAAUAAGAAACCGCUGCGUGAAAAUAACAAGAAAGUCGAAAGAAUUUCAAGUUUUCGGUGGACCGCUCCCUGAAAAAAGAGAUAUUUUCUGUUUUUGUUGUGCGUUGCUUGACCACUUUGACCGCGCUCAUUUUUCCUCGCCGCGAAACUAGUUUUUUUAUUUGGUUGCGAACCGCUGAUGACGUUUUAAAGCCCUGCUGGCCAGUGAAAUUAAAGCAAUUGCCCAUAAAAAUCAAUAAAUUCAAGCCACGGGUGUAUACACACAAUUUGAUGGAAAUUUAACCAGUGCUUUAAGAGUCGAAUUGCGAAAACUGGGAGAAACCACCCUCCAGUCCCCAAAAACUCCCCCGAAGGAUGUACUAAAUGGGCUCUAACAAAAUUCCAUCUUCAUUCAAUGUAAAACUGGAGCUAGACUCCAGCAAAGACGACACCAUUCACUCCACAAGCUUGAACAAGAAACUGGUCAAGAUUAAAAAGUUUAAGUUGGACGAUAUGAAGGAGAUGGUGGGCGGCUGUUGCGUUUGUUCGGACGAGCGGGGGUGGCCGGAGAACCCGCUCGUAUACUGUGACGGCCAAAACUGUACCGUGGCAGUGCACCAGGCGUGCUACGGCAUUGUGACGGUGCCAACCGGACCCUGGUACUGCCGCAAGUGCGAGUCCCAGGAGCGAACCUCGCGUGUGCGUUGCGAACUGUGCCCCUCGCGGGAUGGAGCCCUCAAGAAGACGGAUAACAGUGGCUGGGCGCAUGUCGUCUGCGCGCUUUACAUCCCAGAAGUGCGAUUUGGGAAUGUGACCACCAUGGAGCCAAUCAUAUUGUCCUUAAUUCCGCCGGAGCGGUACUCAAAGACUUGCUACAUUUGCCAGGAGAUUGGGAAACCAAAUCGAGCCAAUGUCGGCGCCUGUAUGCAGUGCAACAAAUCGAAUUGCAAACAGCAGUUCCACGUUACCUGCGCCCAGAGUCUAGGAUUGCUUUGCGAGGAGGCUGGCAACUAUUUAGAUAACGUGAAGUACUGCGGCUACUGCCAGCACCAUUAUAGCAAACUGAAAAAGGGCGGCAACGUCAAAACCAUACCGCCAUAUAAACCCAUUCAACAUGACACCUCUUCCGAUUCAUGUUCAUCGCCCGAGAAGGAGAUCGAUUCCACCAUGAACUCCUCAGCGACCUCAGCCACGAGCAUUAAGAUCACGAGCAGCAGUGUUAGUGGCGGAGGCGGAGGCAGCAGUAGUGCUUUGAAUGCCAGCGCCAGUGGGGGAAUCUCCGGGGGAAGCGGCAGUAUGAGUGGCGUCUCCUCAUCCUCCAAGCAGCGCAAGAGCAAUGCAUCCGGUAAAUCGUCGAGCAGCAGUAGCAGCAGCUCAUCAUCGUCGACGGGAGUGGCGGCCAACCCGUCCUCAAGUUCUGCGCACUCGGGCAGUGCCAGCAGUCUACCAGCCGGGGGCAGUUUACUACCAGGCAGUAGUAACACCAGCAAUAUUAGCAAUAAUUUAGGCAAUAACCUGCCAGGCGGCAACAGUGCUGGAAACGUGGCUAGUGGAAGCUCUAGCGGAGGAAAUUUACCAGCCUCCAGUGGUGGCGUAACUCAGUCGGCGGCCAGUCAAUUAUCGACAGCAGCAGCCACUACAAAAUCAUCGGCCAGCAGCUCGAGCAGUAGUGGCAGCAGUUACAAGGAUAAACAUAGCAAAAGCUUAAGCAAAUCCACCUCUAGUAAGGAUAAGGACGGAAAAGAUAACGCUAGCAAUUCAGCGAACAAUAGCUUCUCGAAUUCAUCAGCCUCAUCAACAUCUUCCAAUUCAACGUCGUCACGAGAGAAAUCCUCAUCGAAGCUUUCGAAAAGCAAAGACUCCAUUCAACAACCAAGUGCCACAAGCAGCACAAGUACAACCAGCAGUAUCAGCACACAGCCCACAUCGUCUACCUCAACGGCUGGCAGUGGAUUGGGAGGGUCCGGGACCCUUGUGAGCAGUUCGGCUGCUAGUGGAACCAACACGAAUUCCUCCACCGGCAAUGAGCAUUCGAAUCAUGCCCAUAAUUUUAGCACAAAUGGUGCAGGAUGUGUAAGCACGGCCGGAAAACAGCAAUCGGCCAGCAAUCUGAGCAAUCCACAUCUUAGCACCAGUAGUUCGGGUUUUGGAUCGGAGUUAAGAUCAGGAAGCACCUCCUCAAGCUCAACUCUGAACGAUUCCUCCGGAUUCGGUAGCAACUCAAAUACAGAAAGGGACAACUCUGCAGGCGCUGGAUCGUCAGCAAGCAGUCUGUCCGGAACGAUGGCUUCGGGCAUGGGUGGCGUAUCCUCCAGUGCGGCCACAAAUCUGAGCACCAGUAAGGGAGGCUCCUCGACAUCGGCGGCCAGCAAUCCCACAUCAACGAACCUCUCCUCGGGCAGCUCGUCGAGUUCCGCAUCGAAAAAACGGAAGGCAGACUCUGCCAAGACCAGUAGUGCCGUUUCCAUCGCUAGUUCUGCUCAGGACGAUAAUAAUAGCUUGAUAUCCAGAUACGAUAUUAAAGAUGUACAUGUAUCACUGACACCGCUAACAGACUUUGAAAAGGAAAUCGAGAAGAGCUCCAAGAGGCAACGUACCGAACUCAGUCCGCCGACCCACCAGACAUCCGCCACCGCCGAGGUAAAUGCACCGCUGGCCAGCUCGACGACUGCAUCCAUUGCGGUGACGGCGAGUGCCACAGCGGCUUCGGCUCCCCCAGCGACGGGCAGCACUACCUCAGGCAGCAGCAGCGGCGGCAAUGCAAGCUCAACCUCCAGCGGCAACAGUUCCGGCGGACCGACAACCGGAGGAGCACCAUCCGGCGUGGUGGGAUCCGGUGGCUAUCCAAAGACAGAAUCGAGCAAAUCGAGUGGCACUGGAAGCGCAGGCGGCGGCACCAGCAGUAGUUCCAGUGGCAACAAGCACGGCAGCAGCGUCAAGGACAUCAGCAGCAGCAGCAGCAGCAGCAGCAACCAACAGCCGACGUCUGGGAGCAGCAGCAAUGCACCCAGCCUGUAUGUCUCCGUGCCGCUGUCCACGGCCAAUGUACCUGGAAUUAAUCUGCCCACCAGCAGCAGUAGCACUAAUACGAGCAGUGAAUCCCAUUCAGCACCAUCGCGCGGCAGCGGCGUUCAAACCCAACAUCAGCAGCAGAGUGGUUUACCGCCAAUGGGAGGUGCAGCGGGAUCGUUUCACGGUGCCCCGAGUGGCGGUGGCCCCAACGGCGGCUCCUCGUCGGUCAUCCAGCAUCAGAGCGGCAAGUCAUCGCCGGCUUUGGGCACCCUAGUCAGCGGCAACAGUGGCGGCAGCAUAAUCUCCGCCGGCGGCGUCCCAGUUGCCAGCGGCAACCUGACUGCCACCACCACGGAGAGCGGCAACCUAAAGAUCAGCUACGAGAAGCAGACAACGCGGGUGCAGCAGCUGCAGGAGCAGGAGGCACCACCGGCCCGACGCAGCAGAUCGCGCUCCGGUGAGAGUGGCAGUGGUCACCACCAUGCCCAUCACCACCACCACCAUCACCCCACCCACCACAAUAGCCAUCACCAACAAAACCCGCAGCAGCAGCAGCAGCAACAUUUACACCAACAGCAACCACAGAGCGCGUCAUCACAGCAGCCCCAUGCGCUGCACUCCUCCAACAACUCCUCCUCCUCCUCGUCCUCCACUUCCGCUUCCAACUCCUCGUCCUCCAUGUCGGGUGGCACUGCCGCAGCCACAUCCUCCUCCAAUUCCAAAGGUCCCUCGAGAUCGGGCAAAAAGCGGGGAGCUGCACAAAGCAUAAAGAACGAAGCCACUUCGGUGGCGACAACAACGGCAACAUCAGCAAUAGCUGCUGCCACACCAGCCGAGAAGCAGAGUCGCCACAGUUCGCCCCACUACAGUGCCACGCCCACCCCGCCACCGUCGUCGGCGGCACAACCAGUGGUCUCCUCGCCGGUGGUCAUGUUGCAAUCUCUGUCCUCGUCCCCGGUCGAUUCCCCGCCAGCCGCAGUGUCUGCCGCCACUGCAACUAGUCGCAGCACGCGCAACAACAACAGCAGCAGCAGCAACAGCCACAGCAACACCAACCACAAUGGCGAGCAAACGUCAUCGUCCUGUUCGUCCACUUCGUCCUCCUCGUCGAGUGGUGGAUCCAGUGGUGUUACCAAUGUGGUUAAUCUGCUGGAUUCGCCGGUUAAUAUGUCCGCAUCGGGAAGCUACCGCGCCAGCGGCAAUUCCACCGGCAACAUGUUGCCGACAGGCAGCAGUAACAACAACAACAGCAGCAGCAACCAAGCUAAGCCCCUGAACAAAAAAAUGCUGCGUGCGCAGCAAACACAGUUGUAUCAGCAGCAACAGCAACAACAGCAGCAGCAACAACAGCAGCAAUAUGCACCCCCCGCUAGAACCAACUCCCCCACAAAUCUAAGCUCUACCUCUGCCUCAGCCUCCGCCUCCAAUUCCGCUAGCUUUACGCACUUGCAACAGCAGCAACAGCAGCAACAACAGCCACAGCAGCAACAUGAAGAUCUAGAGAUUUUGCAAUUCACUAAUACGAAUACCACUCCCUCUUCCAAUACGGCCACUUCGAAACCCAACAACAGAACGCCCGAUGUCAGCCAGGCCAGCAGCUCAUCGUCGUCAGCAUCCGCAGUGCCCGCAACAACAACUCCUUUGGUCGUGCUGAGCAACCAGCUGCCACUUAGCUCGAUGGCAGGUGGCGGCUCUGCCGGCGGCCUCAAGUUCACCUACGAGAGUCAGACGCAGCUGGAUGUGCCCAUGAUGCCAGUGAGCGCCAUAAAGGACUCGCCACCCAGCUCUCCCGGCUCCGAGAUUGGAUCGGCCAUGCACACGGUAACGGCAGCAGCAGCCAGUUCCCUGACUGCCGCUGCUCCCACAUCUGCCGCUGCUGCUGCUCAGCCCGGUAACGUCCGCAAGCGCGGUCGCAAAGCGAAGGAUUCAACGAUAGCAUCAGCAACAGCAGCAGCAGCAGCGGCGGCGUCAUCAGCUGCAGCUGCAGCAGCAGCGGCUGUGACCAAUGUUCAACAGGAUCUCAAGGACGUGCGCAUACUGCAGAAUGGGGCAGCCAGUGGCUCGAGCAAUCCAGCCAGCAGCACGCCCACGCCUCCGGCCACGCCCGCCGCCGCGUCGGCCAGCUCGAUUAUCACGCACACGGCCGCCCACAUGCUGGGCAACCAGAUCAAUCCGAACAGCAGCGUGGCCCAGAAGCUCUCCGAGCAGCUGCACAUGGAGGUGCAGGACCACUCGAUAUACACGUCCGACUCCAUGAACUCGCAGUACGCCGGAGUGCCGUUCCCCGGAAAGCAACGCAACUCCAGUGCCGCCUCCUGCAACGCCACGCCAGCUCCGAAUCCGCUCCAGUCGAUGUUCAGCGGUGGCGGCAUCAACGGCAACAUGCCCAUUCCCCAGAGUCUGGAGCAGCUGCUCGAGCGCCAGUGGGAGCAGGGCUCGCAGUUUCUCAUGGAGCAGGCGCAGCACUUUGACAUUGCCUCGCUGCUCAACUGCCUGCACCAGUUGCAGAGCGAGAACCUCCGGCUGGAGGAGCAUGUGACCAGUCUGAUAGCACGACGCGAUCACCUGCUGGCGGUCAAUGCGCGCCUGCAGAUCCCGCUUAACACCAUUGCCAGCAAUGCCAAGGCCGAGGCGCACGCCGCCAUACCAACAACGGCAGCUCCAGCAACCACAACAACAACCUCAACAACAACAGCAACAUCAACUUGUACAACUUCUGUCAUUUCCACACUAGCUUCCAGCAGCAGCAACAGCAACAGCGGCAGCAGCAGCAACAGCAGCAGUAUAGGACUCGGCAGCAACAUGAGUGCCCUUAAUGCGGCAACAACAAUCGCAGCCGCUGUUUCGCUGGCAACCACUGCCAUUAACACCACCAUCCCCACCAUGGCCAACAGUCGACCCACAGUGGCACCAGCCAGUUCCAGCGGAGUGGUGCUGGACUAUCGCGGCCCAGGCACCGCCAGCAACAACAACAACAACAGCAGCAACAGCAGCAGCACCAGCAAUAGCACCAGUGGCAGCAACACAGCCAGCAACAAUGUGAACAGCAACAACGGCAACUCUGCAACGACAACAACACCGAUGUCCAUCUCAGGCAUAAAUAUGACCAACGCAGCCAACUUGGGAAUGAGGCACGUGUCUGCCGCCCACGCGUACAACAGUGCUGGAAGCAACAGCAGCAUUGGAAGCUUGAAUGCCAACAGCGCCGUCAACAGCAACAGCUUGCACCACCAACAUCCGUCGCACCAGCAGCAGCAACAGGCGCAACACCAGCAGCAGCAACAGCAGCAACAACAGCAACAGCACGCGCAACAAGUGCAGCAGCACCUUCACCAGUCGCACCACACCAGCGCAGCUGUGGCAGCCGCCCACAUGCUGGGCGUGGGAAUAAGCCUGGGCGCUGGAGGUGGUGCUGCCGCCGGCAUUGGACGAGGUGGGUCAGCGACAGCCAUGGCUGCAACAGCAGCAACAACCACAACUACUUUUACGGCCACAGCGGGCACGGUCACGGGCACAGGCACGGGCACGGGCAUGGGUCAGCAGCACCAGCACCAGCACCACCACCCACACCCACACCAACAUCCUAGCAUUCAGAUUCAAGUGGGUGGCGGCGGCGUUGGCGUUGACGGUUUAAGUAGCACCUCCUCCUCCUAUGCGGCGCACCACGCGGCGCUCUACAGCACGCAUCACCAGUCCCAACUAAGGCGCGACGAUAACCUCGCCAAAACCAGCUGAAAGUCGUACCGUGAGCCAGUCCUUCAGCAGCAGGGACAGCAGCAGCAGCAGCUGAAGAAGAAGCCAUCGCCAUCGACCAAACAAGACGGCCGUCAUAACAGCAGCAGCAGCAGCAACGGUAGCAGCAACAAGCCGCCGCAGCAACACAACAACCACAGCAAAUUGAAGACGGAAGAGCAUGGCUUUCAGCAGCUGAUCGACAAAAAUGACGAUGAUCUCAGCAACAGCAGUUCUUCAACCUUUUCAUCCUCCUCGCAGCAGCAGUCGUCGGUGGACUACGAGGCGGAGGACGAGAACGAGGACAAACAGCGAAGGCCAUUGCACAAAAACGAGAACGACAGCCUACUGCAUGUGCAGAAUUUUCUAAAGUGCUUUGGACCCAAUGCCUAUGCAUCGGCAGUCAUGGCAAAGGCACCCACUUCGUCCAUUCCGGACACACCGACCACCGCGACCAAAGCGACAAGUCUCAAGUCUCCGGGAUUGGGAGAGCUGCGUGUCUGGCGGCAGAAUUAUCGCUCCGCAAUCGGUACAGCUGAAGCAGCAACCACAACAGCAGCAACAUCACAGACCCCAGCCGCAAAUACAGCAAUGUUUCAAGCCCAGUCAAGUGCAAGCCACAAACCAACCAAGUUUCAAAUAAACACAAAGUUUUUACGUAAACCGCGCAACAAACUUCUGAAAAUGCUGCCAACAGCAACGGCAACAUCAGCGGCAGCAGUUUCCAAGCAACAGGAGCAACUGCAACAGGAGCAAUUGCAACUGCAGCCGCAGCUGUUCAACGAUGAUUCCAACGCCAAAUUCAAAGACUUUUCAAUCGACUCGUUAUUGAAUAAGUAAUCGUAAUACAUUAACGGACUAGAACGUACAGUUUAGCCUUAUGAUUUGUAGCAUAAUUAAACAGAUUAGAAGCAGAGCCCAAGCCGCGUCGUUCCUAAUUUCCCCAUCCCCCAACAAAACCACCAUGAAUUUUGUUUAGCCAAUCCGAGUAACCAUAACAUGAACAUAGCAACAACUUAUUCUAACUAUAAUUAUGUUGUUUAUUUAUUACAUGCAUAUUGUAUAACGAAUGGCGCAAUUCAUAACUAGCCUAAGAUUGUAAAUAUCUACUUAAAUACGAGAUAAUAAACCACAAAACCCA